ACGUGUCGCAGUCAGACGAUCGACCGCCAGGUUUUUUCGCUUUGCAUUGUGGGUAACUAAGAAGAAAGAGGGCCGUGUGUUGUGCGCCAUUGCUCUUUCCGUGGAACGGUGCGCGAAAACCGGCAAGUGUCGAAUCGUCGCCGAUUCUGCCCAAUUUUUUUCACCUUCGUGAAAUUUAGCCCCUGUCUUGUGGCCGAAGAGUCUUCUAGCUACCCUUGGAAGCAUUGUGUUUCGUUUUAUUCAGUCUGCAGAUUGGCCGACACCCCUGCCUGUGCCCAUAACAUCACCAUGACAGACAUGGGUGUCCUUGACACCCAAGCUGACAUUGCUAAGGGUCAGGAGGGACCAGCUGCCCAGGCCAAACAGCCGGAUGUCACAAUCCUUCAUCCACCUAUGAAUCCAGCUCGUCAUGGCAUCCAACAGAUUGUUGACUGCUUCCGUUUUGGCACACCCUUUGUGAAACAGCUGAUCCUGCAAGAGGCAGAUGUGAUCUACGAGUGUCGAGUCUGCCGCAGCCUUUUCCGUGGCCUGCUUAACUUCAUCGAGCACAAGAAGUGCUUCUGUGUGGAACGAGUCAGCUCAGACAGUCAACUGGCAGGGAGACGGCAGAACACUGAUGCAAGAGAGCAUGGGAUAUCCAAUGAUGAAGCAGCUAGCAUCUUAUCUUGGGGUGGACCUGGACCAGAAAAGGAGAUACGGAAAAAUGCAGAAACUGCAUCAGUUACAGAAGGCAAAGCUUCCAAUCAGUCAAGUACAGAAUUGAAGGACAUAUAUGAUGGAGAGGAAAAUGACAGAUUCGUUGUGCUGCGUCCAAUUCCAACCACAUCAAGAGCUAUUGAGCAGCAGAUUGUCAGGUCUGAUCAGAUCCUGCAUGAAGAGGAAAUCAAUAAAUUAAGUGCUUUCAGGGCUCUGAGAGAUCAAGGGGAUCAAAGUGAAGACACUUCCAAGAUUGUAGGUGAGAUAACUAUUCGCCAAGCUGCCAAAGCUGGAAGAGUUGCUGUACCAACUUUUGUGGAUAAAAGAGAAACCCUCCACACCUUACUCAAGACAGUGAACUCCCAGUUUUAUGCAGAGAAAAGUACAUCCCCAUCAUCAGAUGCCACCAGCAAGAGAGAGACCUUGACAGUGGAUGUAAGCACUCCGAAAUCUGCCGUGAGUCCAGCUGCCUCAAGAACGAGUGUUUCUCCACGUGUGCCCGUGCCAGACAAGAAAGCCAGUAGCGUCUCUCCAAGACAGAAGAAGGUUGCCACUACCCCUCGCCCGACUACACAGCAGAUGUCUGCAAGAAACAUAUGCAAAGUCUGCAAGAAAAAGUGCAAGAACUGGACAGCCCUAGCUUGGCACAUGAGGAUCCACAAGAAGCCCUUGUUCAAGUGUCCUCUGUGCCAGUAUCGCAGUCCUUCUGUUUAUAACGUUCGCCGCCACAUACAGGCUAUGCACAACUUGUCAACUGAUCGUGUGGAUGAGCUCUUGAGUCGCAAGAUUGAGGAGAAAGGAACUGAAGUGAGUACCGAAAGCAAGAGUGGCCAAAAUAAUAAUGACAGCUCUUCUCCGCCAGCCUGUGACAUAUGCUUCAAGACAUUUGCUAACCGCCGGAAUGUGGCCCGUCACAAGGUGAUCCACGAACGAGAAAAAUUGCAGGCUGAGGGGAAGUACACACCUGCAUCUAAUGCCACCCAGGAGGAAAUUGCCAGAGGGAAGGUGAUGCAGACCAUGGAUGAGAAGAACAUGCGUUGUCGCCGUUGUCAUAAGCAACUGUCAACUGUCCGUCGCUUGCAGCAACACUGCUGUAAUCACUUUGGCUACAAUCGCUAUCGUUGCCGCAUGUGUCCUUAUGAGAAUAAUGACUAUACGCAAAUGCGGCGUCAUAUGAUGGGGAAACAUGGCCGACAGUUCCGCACCAUCCAGCAAAUUUCAGAGGCUAUCAAGUCAAUGAAGGUUGGUGUAUGGAUCAAUCUGACUCAGAGUCAAAAUACAGAUGACAAUGACUCCAAAAAGGCAGGUAUCUCAGCAAACAAAUCGUCGAAAGCAGAGGAGAAGAAUCCCAAACAAGGAGCUUCAGUGAGCAAAGCUGGAAGCUCUACCACCAAACAGGGCUCUACAGCCACAAAACAAAUUGGAUCAGCCACCAAAUCCAUGAGCACAACAGCAGACAAAGUUGGUACCAAAGGGGUAGAAGAUGGAAAGAGUAGUGUAUCCUCAUCCCCAGUGAGAGUUAAAGCAGAGUCUGAAUCCAAGAAGGUCACAGACAGUCCCUCCAAGGAUGUACCUUCUUCGUCAGCAAACUCACCCGGAACCUCCAGGAGGUCCCUGGUGGACACUGUUGCUGCAGGGAAGGAGAGAGAGACACCAAUGCGUCAGGCCAGACUGAACCAUCGCAGCGUUUCUCCCAAGGGUCCCCAAGAGAAAGAAGAGGAGGAAGACAAGGCACUGUUGCAGAUGAUGAUGGACAAGAAGAACAUGAAGUGUCUCAAGUGCAAGAAGCGCUUCCAGUACCACAGCUCCUUGCUGCGACACACCCGCAUCCACCUCCUUGAGGAAUCUUCAUCAUCUGAGCAAGGAGGAACCAAGAAGAACCGGGAGUCUGCCUCCAAGAAAGCCCAGGCCAUCAAGUCUUUGAUCAACCCAAGUCAGCUGCGUUGCCUAAGGUGUCGGAAGCGCUUCACUAGCAUGAGCACCCUCAAGCAGCAUGUUGGGCGCCAUCUUGGGUACAAUACUUUCAAGUGUCGAUAUUGCGGGUAUCUGUCUCAUAAUUACUCCUGGUUUAAGAACCACCUCAUGAUCAAGCAUGCUAGUCAUGUUGCAAACAUCACUGACCUAGGUCAACUCAUAGGCAGCAUGAAGACUAAAUGAACUUCCACGUUUUGGGGAAAAUUAAUAUUCUGCUCCAACAGCACUUGGAUGUAACUUCCCCUGUUUGGGUUUUAAUUGGAUGGAAAACCCAAUAAUGAAUCUCAUUGGUAUACAUAUACAAGGGUAAUGUGUACAGAACACGACUUGUUUCUGUCUUAAGUUAUGUUCAUGUAAAUACAAAGAAUUCUUUUCUAGUUUACUACGGUUACAUACAUGUACAUGUAUGUUCCCUGGUUUAAAACCCAUUAUGACCAUUUAAAUGCUCUCACUACCCCAAUGCCUUCUGUAUGAAUGUAUCAACAGACAGGUUUAAAACGAUUCUGUUACAGAUGUUUAAACCAAACAUGUGCAUGUGCACAUUGAACAUUUAAGGUGUUAGCUGGUUCGUGUAUCAUUUUAUAACCUAGAUUUUAUAAAAUCCCGUUUUUGUGUUUGAUGAACAAUGAAUAUACUCUUGUGUUGCAUGUGUGUUUUCUAUUUAUGUUUUCAAAUCUAUCUUACUACAUGUUAAACACAGCUAAGUUGUAGGCCAGUAUUUAGUGGCCAUUAGAAAUAUCAGAAUGGAGUGUUGAUGGUGGUAUGAACACUCUUGUCUACUGAUUUCAGUUGUCACAUGGAAUGUGAAGUGUUUUUUAAGUGUCUGUUUCAGGGAAGGUAAUGCUGUGAAUAAUGCUUUUCUUGUCCAGUUGAGAAUGACCUGUAAAAUGUGAGUAAUCCUUAGUGAGCGUUAUCACUCUGUCAAGAAUUUGGCAACUGGGCAGUGUCCAGGACUUACUUGACCUUUGUUCAGAAGUAAUACAUGCUCCAAUGCAAAUGGCUGGCUAGUGGCUGAAUCCAUUUUCAACUAAAAAAUACACAAAGUGCCAUCCAUAGCCAAGAAUACAGACACAGCCUUUUCUGUGUCAAACCACAUGUACCAGUACAGGGUGUGCAUGUACAUACAUACAUGUACAUGUAUGUACAUAUAUGUACAUUUGUACAUGUACUUCUGUUCGUGUAGGAUUUAUCCCCGAUGUGACAAAUCAGAACCGAUUGAGGAAUUUUACAUGUACAUGUAUAUUUCCCACCUAGUCCCCCCCCAUCACAGACACUUUUUCAAAUGAUCCCCCUUUCAUUUCAGCCCUACCACAUCUAAGUGCAACAUGUUGGCUGUGGUAGGUGGAAUUAAAAUGCACUGACAAAAAUUAUUUGUGCAUAAGAAAUUUUUCACCCUUUAAUGCUUGAACCAUCACUGAUAAAUGUAGUGAUAUACUUGUAAAAAAUGAUAGGAGGUAGUUUAUAGGUUUUGCAAGUUAGAAGGCUUGAUGAUGAUGGUUUUGUCCAAGCUUUUCUUGCCCUGCAGAAGCAUGUGUAGUUUUAAGAACUGUUUGUAUUAAUUGGGGUUUCUCAACAACAUGCUCUCUGAGCAUCUUAAGAACAUUUCUGUCAAACACCCUAUGAAGAAAACAGAAAUGACCAUCAGGAUUCUCAAUGGAUACCUCCUGCUCAGCUGUUCAUCUCAAAACCACUGCCUUAAAAGGGAUAUCCAUGUGUGUACAGUGCUACCGCAGAACAUCCAUCCCGCAGAUGAUGGGCACAGAUUUUUAUUUUUUAAGUUUUAGUGCAAUUUGCUGUUAAAUUCUUGCUUGAGAAAUUAUAGUUUGGCUUGAUUAUUUUUUUGUACAAAAAAACCCUGCUGAAUCAAACACUUAUGCAUUUUAAACUCUUUUUGUAACAAAAAUUGUGAAGAGUGAUUUUCAUUCUCAUUGUGUAGAAACUGUCAUAUUUUUGGAAAGAGACUGGAGAUUUGUUAGACAAAGCUAGAGUCAAGCUGUUGUUGAUGUAUUUUUUUGUUAUAAAAAAGCAUAUAAUCUCACAGAUAUAGUUUUUAGGCAAUGUACAACACACACUUUAUCAGUUUCUGGACAUAAUGCUUCUUUGCAGAAAUCGGAAUGAAAAUCCUGUGUUACGGUUCCAGUUUGAUCAGCUUGGAACCUUUCUCCUGCACAGAGAUAACAACAUAACUGUUAAAGAAAUAAGGCAUUUUAUGUUAGUGUGGAGAGUGAUUUGCUUUUAAAAACACUACAUGUGUGUGUAAUAAGCUCCAGAAAAAGACAUUUGGUUUGUAACUGGCUUGGACCAUAGGUGUUUGCAUAGCUUUACAAGAUGAAACAUCAAGUUUACACCCGCAUGUAUGGUUUUCAUCCAAAUCACAUCGCUCCUCUGACUUUGACACAAGGCAUAUCCACAGUCAUUUCCUACUUGUAAUUUGUAACUACAUGUAUAAAAGAAAAAUGCACAGGUUGUGUAUAAGAUCUAGCACUAGGAAUUCAGUGUAUCUGGAAUGCUUGAAUGAAAACGGAAAGUAUAUUGUAGGAUAGAAAAAACUAUGUUCAGUUUGAGUCGAAUGUAAACAAAUCAUGCAGCUUGAAAAAAUCAUUAGGAAGGUGGUAAACUCAAAUUAUAAAAAAAAUAAAUAAGUUGAAUUUGAUUAUGAAUUUGAGUACUCAUGGUUGAUCUUUCUUGAGUACUUAAAAUAUAAAUUUAAUUUUGACCUGUCUCUCAAGUUUAUUUGACAAAUUUACAUGUAUUAUCUACAGAGUUGCACAGGUUCUCACAGGUUGUCACUCUUCUGAACUCAUUCCCACAAGCCCAGUGAAGGUAAUAUCUGUAAUAUACUGUUGACAUGUUGUAUCACCAAUUAUUGCUGUUGAUUGCUCUUUUGAUAUUGGAAGUAAGGAUUGGUCAAAGUGUUAGUUUGUAAGACUUUUUGAUGACCACAAUUACAAAUGCCAGUUACUUCAGUGCAGAUAAGGUUUAGGCCAUAAUUGGAUCAAUUUAUGAAACUUAUUGCAUACAUCUAAAUAACAUUCUUAGUUAUGGCUCCAUUAUGUUGAAUACUAUUUUGUAUCAUUGUUAUGAAAAUACAUAUUUACUUGCACCGGUGAGUAUAGCAUUAUUGUGGCACAUUAACACCCCAAUGUUGUUGAGAUACAGUUAACAGAAAUAUGAUAAACUUGUGUUAUUUAUAUUUAUAUACAUGUACAAAGUGCAAAGAAGUACAACUUCUUUAGUAGAUUUUGUUAAUUUGUGACCUGCUCUAGAAAAAUGGGUAAUAAGUCGCCAGAUUCAGGCUAGGAGUUUUUGAUAUGGUCGGAUUCUGUACAUCACAAGCUACAAUUUGAUAUAUGAAUGACCCCUGUAGUGCACGGUAUUCUAGAGAUAUAUGGACAUUUGUAUAUCCACAGUUUCGGAUUCAAUAAAAGCACUUUUUGAGAAAAAGCUCAGAAAGUGUAGCACUUGG